UCCUCUCUAUUUUUCUCCAUCAUGGCGAAGAUCAAGAUCGGGAUUAAUGGAUUCGGAAGAAUCGGGCGUCUGGUGGCCAGAGUUGCCCUGUUGAGUGACGAUGUUGAGCUCGUCGCUGUUAAUGAUCCAUUCAUCACCACUGAUUACAUGACAUAUAUGUUCAAAUACGACAGUGUUCACGGUCCGUGGAAGAAUCACGAGCUGAAGGUUAAGGAUUCCACGACAUUGCUCUUUGGCGAUAGGCCCGUGACUGUAUUUGGCAUGAGGAACCCCGAAGAAAUCCCAUGGGGCCAGGCCGGUGCUGAUUAUGUGGUCGAGUCAACUGGAGUUUUCACUGACACAAACAAGGCAUCAGCACACCUCAAGGGAGGUGCAAAAAAGGUUAUAAUUUCUGCCCCGAGCGCGGAUGCGCCCAUGUUUGUUGUUGGUGUGAAUGAGAAGGAUUAUAAGAAGGACAUCAAUAUCGUUUCGAAUGCUAGUUGCACUACCAACUGUCUAGCCCCGUUGGCCAAGGUUAUUAAUGACAAGUUUGGUAUUGUUGAGGGGCUGAUGACGACUGUCCACUCCAUGACCGCGACACAGAAGACGGUGGAUGGUCCUUCGAUGAAGGACUGGAGAGGUGGAAGAGCGGCUUCGUUUAACAUCAUUCCUAGCAGCACUGGAGCUGCGAAGGCUGUUGGGAAAGUACUUCCUGCACUAAAUGGAAAGCUUACUGGAAUGGCUUUCCGUGUCCCUACCGUCGAUGUCUCAGUCGUUGAUCUCACUGCUAGGCUCGAAAAGGCAGCCUCAUACGACGAGAUCAAGGCUGUUAUCAAGCAAGAGUCUGAGGGUAACAUGAAGGGGAUUUUGGGAUACACAGAAGACGACGUCGUCUCAACCGACUUCAUUGGUGACAGCAGGUCUAGCAUCUUCGAUGCCAAGGCUGGAAUUGCACUGAACGGGAACUUCGUUAAGGUUGUCUCUUGGUACGACAACGAAUGGGGCUACAGCAACCGCGUUGUGGACUUGAUCCGACACAUGGCGUCUGUCGCUUGACUUGGCUUGCACGCGAGUAAUAAUAUCGUCGUCGUGCUAAUCUUAGUUUCCAAAAUUGGUUAGGUGGUUGGAAAUAAUUUAGAUGUUGAGGAUGAGGACAAGUUUUCCUCAAUCACACAAGUUUUUCUCUUGGAUUUCAUCAUGCUUAUAGUUGUUGCCAUUAUUAGUGUUGCCAAAUUUUGUUGCAAUGGAAUUAUUUCCUCUA